GCCGUGGCAGCGAAAGUGGGGAUGGACAGUAUUACUGCCAACUACUUCGCCUUGUUUGAAGUGAUCAAUCACUCCUUUGUGCGCAAGCUGGCACCCAACGAGUUCCCCCACAAGCUCUAUGUGCAGAACUACACCUCAGCUGUGCCAGGGACCUGCCUGACCAUCCGGAAGUGGCUCUUCACCACGGAGGAGGAGGUUCUUCUCAACGACAACGACCUGGCAGUCGCCUACUUCUUCCAUCAGGCUGUUGAUGAUGUCAAGAAAGGCUACAUCAAAGCAGAGGAGAAGUCCUACCAGUUACAGAAGCUGUGUGAGCAGAGAAAGAUGGUCAUG